AUGUCAACGAAUGCCGGAAAUAUUCAUGUCAAGAGGUAUAUUGAUGAUCUCAACGAGACUCUUGAGUCUAAUCAACCUCCAGACCAAGUCAAUUUUGAGAUUAAGAAAUGCUUAUUGAGUCUGAAUCCCUUGAAGACAAUUACGGAAGACCCCAAAAAAUUGGUUGCCAAUAUAAAACGAUUGUUGAUUGAAAGUACUUCAGAAUCAGAAUUAGAUUUUGACCUCAUUCUCGAACUGUUGAAUACUUUAAUAAACAAAUGUUGUUUCGAAGUCAUUCUGGAAGUUUUCUCCAUAGAUGAUCUCAAGAUGGCUUUGAAGUCGACUUUGUUACCAUUGGUUAAUGCUGCCUGCAAUGUUAUUUCGAGAUCGUAUCCAAAGGGUCUAUUCGCAACUUCAGACCUGUUUGAUGUUAUUAUUGGACUCUAUUUCAACAUAGAUACCGAUGUAUCCGUGAUCAACAGUAUUGAGAAAGUGUUUGAAGAAUUAAGUUCAAACGAACUCGUUAGAAAACGAAUAUUUGAAAAUAAUUCCUUAAUUAUCGACUCAGUCAGAAGAGGAACUGAACCAACAUUAAUAUCAAGACUACUGGAAUUACUGAAAAUAGAAUCCAAAUUUAUUGAUAGAUGUGAAUUCGACGAGAAAUUGUUCAGUUUCACUUCACAAGAGAUUUUCAACUAUCUGAAAGCAGACAUCGUACUCUUUAUAAAUAUUGUGGUGUACUACACUGAUUUUCUAGACGAGGCUACAGUUGUGAACUUUGCCAAUAAGAAUACGGAAUGGCUACUAAAAUACGUUCUUGAAAUUAUUCCAACUUUUGGUAAAAUUUAUUCUCUGGGUGACAACUAUCCAGACAUUAGAUAUUUUUCAAGAACGUAUUUAUUCAAAUUUUUUAGGAAAGUUUCAUAUUUAGAGGAUGAUUCAUAUUUCAAGUCUUUGGAUGAAAAAUACCUAAGGAUUUCGGAGCAAAAUAAAAAUUUGAAGGAUUUUCUAUCAUUCGUCAAUCCCGCAUACUUGUUUAGGUAUCAUUGCUCCCUGCUGAGAGACUACAUUACUGUAACCCCAACAAAAUUAGGAGCCAUAAGAAAUGUUAUAUCAGAUCCGCAAUGCUUUGAAUUGAUUAAAAACCACUUAACAUCUGAUGCGAUACUACUACUGCCCUACAUGGAACAAAUGGUGCUAUUGCAGCGACUAUCACUAUUUUCACAUUCUGUAUAUUAUUUGGUUCACUCAUUACCGAGAGUCAUGUCUAACCUAAUACAAAACAGCGGCGACAUUUCUGAACCGGAAACGGCCAGUUUGAGAGAAGAAGCAAUCGUGAACCUAUUAAGAUUUAAUAGUACUACUUUGAAUGUGUGGUAUAUUCCCCUAACUGAUGCUUUGGCAAAAAUCAGCAAUCCAAAGACUAAGCAUGAGCCUGAACCUCAACUUGCUUCGUCCUUCAUAUGA